AUGGUUCAGCACCAAGAGAGUCGCCCGCACUCGGGGGGAGGGCCCUCGACGGUCACGGCGCUCAAGGACCUCAAAGUCGCUGGGGUUUGGAAAGUCGGAAGAAAACUCGGGUCUGGAUCGUUCGGCGACAUUUUCAAAGGAUUUAACACGCAGACGGGUCAGGAGGUUGCGCUGAAGGUCGAGAGUACCAAGGCGAAGCAUCCACAGCUGCUGUACGAGUACAAACUGCUCAAGCAUCUGCAAGGUGGACCUGGGAUCGCGCAGGCCUACUGCUGCGAAACGGAGGGCGACUACAACAUCAUGGUGAUGGAGCUGUUGGGGCCUUCGCUCGAAGACGUCUUCAACCUCUGCAACCGAACCUUCUCUCUGAAAACUGUUCUUCUCCUCGCGGACCAGUUCCUGCAACGUGUAGAGUACAUACACUCCAAAAACUUCAUCCACAGAGACAUCAAGCCCGACAACUUCCUUCUAGGCGGCCCCGGUCACCAGAACACGAUUUUCAUGAUCGACUUUGGGCUUGCGAAGAAGUUCCGCGACCCCAAGACACACCAGCACAUCCCGUAUCGCGAGAACAAGAACCUCACAGGCACCGCGCGCUACGCCUCCAUCAGCGCCCACCUCGGAUCUGAGCAGAGUCGCCGCGAUGACCUCGAGGCUGUGGGCUACGUGCUCAUGUAUUUCUGCCGAGGAGGAACGCUGCCCUGGCAAGGAAUCAAAGCCAACACAAAGCAAGAGAAGUACCACAAAAUCAUGGAAAAGAAAAUGUCCACGCCUGUCGAAGUCCUCUGCAAAAGCUACCCAAGCGAGUUCGCAACGUAUCUGCAUUACUGUCGCUCUCUGCGCUUCGAAGACCGACCGGACUACGCCUACCUUAGGCGACUCUUCCGAGACCUCUACAUUAAGGAGGGAUACGACGAGGGCGACCAGGAGUUCGACUGGAGCUUGAAGCUGUCGUCUCGAAAUCUGGGCCUGCCGAGCAGCCGCGUUCAGCACGCGAUGUGCAGCCAAGAAACUCGCACGCGGUUCAAGCGGGACACCGACAAGCCCACGGAUCGUGACCGCGGAGCGCCGCACCUGAGCAACGGCAAUGUCGGCAAUCCGUCGAUGGCGACGAAUCCUGGAGGGCACUCUUCCGAAGUUGGCGGAUACCCCGUAGAGAGGUCCUGA